AUGGAUGAAGAUAAAACAUUCAUUUUAGAGGAUAUCAUCAUGAAGGCCCUGAGACUGAAGGAGGAGUUUGAGAAGAAGAACAACGACCUCUUGGAGAGCGUGGGGGAGUUGACGGCCAAACUGGGGGAGGCCUCUCAGAAGCUGGAGGAGUGCCAGAGAGGACUCUCGGAAUCAGAGGCGCAGAAGAAGCUGGCGCUCAAGAAGUACUCGAAGCUCAAGGAGUACACGCUCAAGGUGGAGGGCAAGCUGGAAGACCUGCAGCUGUGCAAAUCGGAGCUGAAGUCGAGGCAGGAAGAGCUGAUGGAGUAUCGAGCCAGGGUGAAAGAACUGCAGGCAUCCAUCGCCCUGUACAGGGACUCUCGAGACAAAUUCGAGACCCGGGCAGAUCUCAUCGAGGAACGGAACGAAGAGCUCGAGAAGAUGAAUACAAACUUGCAGCUGGAGCUGGAGACCGAAAAAUGCAAGUGCAAAGAGUUGGCGUCGAGACUGGAAGAACUGAAAUUGAGACAGGAGUGGUCCUACCAGAGCGACUACAGAGACCAGGGGCGACCACCCAAGAGAGAGAAAUUAUGCGUUGAAGUGGAGCGUAAUGGAAACGAUGAAGGUGCUCCUGGCUCGUACUUUAAAGUGAAUGCGGUGUUCUGCAACAAAGACAGCGACGCAGUGUUUUAUAAUAAGAGCAGCGAGACAGUUUCCACCGCUCAAAGCAACGAGGUCGUUCCCCACAGCAAAGGCAACGAGACGAUUUUCUCCAACAAAGGCAACGAGAGCGCCAUUUCCGGAAAUCCUUUCAAUAUGAGCUUACACAGUACUCUGGUCGCCGAGGACGAGGACCUGUUCUUCCACCACACCCACCUGCCCCCCAUGGAAGAGAUGGACUCCUUCCAGGAGCAUUUGCGCCUGCGGGAGUUGAGGACCCGCAACAGUCUCUACAAGCCCCACCUGCGCAGUGCCUACCUGCUGGAGACUCAGGGCUACAAGAAGGCCGCCGAGGGGGUGGAAGAAGAAGAAGAAGAAGCGGAAGGAGCUCGCCCCAAGAAGAAGCUGGUGAAGGAGCAGGCCAAAGUGGAAGUGGCCCCCCCUUCCAAGCGGCUCCCGGGGAUCUUCAAGACCCCCCGCGGACUCCACCGAUUGGUCCAGAGGAGGGAGGAGGAGAGGAAGAGGAAGAUGGGCAUCCGCAGACCUCGCUUGAAACUCUGAGAUACUCUUCUUCUUCAUUUUUAUAUUUUCUGAUGCGAAAUUUUAAAGGGACUUUUUCUGGUGAUUCAUUUUAUUCAUUCUUUUUUCUAUAUGUGUUAUUUUUCUGAGAUUAAAAAUUUGAUGGGAAAAAAUAAUCUUUGAUGUAUUUGUGCAAAUAAAGUUCU